AUGUCAGAGAAUCUGCACGACACUAAAUGGGAGAUAAACCAACGAAACCGCCGUGCUAUGAUGUCCUCUCUGACUAGCCUGUCAAGGUUUCUUGCCGAUUCCGAAGUCAACCCUCAACCUUCGUCGUUGAAACUUUAUGGUAUUCUAUCAGAUUAUCGAGAGCUGAUUACGGAAAGCGAGAUGAUCGCAGCAGAUCUCCAAGUACUUCUUCAGCAGCAAGCGAACUUGGCAAACAUUCAAGAAGCAAGGAGAGGUGUUAACCAGGCAGAUUCAGUACGGAGAAAGGCAUCUCAAGCUCGCCAGAAGAUGGUUUAUUCGAAAAUGGAUUAG